AUGGACGAACUCAGUGAGGAGGCCAAAAGGUUCCAGAGCCAGCUUAUAGGCUCAGACCCAGAACAAUUUGCCGCAACCAAACUCGAUGAUUUGUCUCAGGAUCUUCUCAUCAUCCAAUCCCAACGGGAUGCAACCAAGGAGAUGAUGAGCAUGAAUCGAUUGCAACUGUUCAUGGACUACAUGACCGACUUCGAAGACACGCUUAUUGAACUCGGGUUUCAAGAAGCCAAGCAGGUGAUGUCGUAUGUCUGGGGGUCAGUUCGAUAUCUUCUCAAGGUAUUAUCCGACUACACGAGCUUCUUUCGUGACGUUCCGGCGGCGCGGGAGUAUUUGGUCAACAUCUACAAGGAUGUGCAGCACUUUCAUUCCUUGGCUUACAAGCUCUUCUUCACCUUUCGCGCAAAACUCUGGCAGAAACUACACAAGCCCAUCUGGAAAGAUCACAAGACCACCUUCAACCACAUCGCUGAAUCUUUGAGCUUGCACGCCUCGAAGAUUCAAGGGUAUGGCAAAGCGUUUCGGGACCCCGAUAGCUAUCGCACGGGUGCGCACGAGCGGAGGACAGACUCAGGGAUUGAUCCAAACCCGGCAUUGAAUCCUAGGCAAGUUAAAGAAGAUAUCUCCAAUUACCACGUCGCCUUGAACAAACUUCGCGAAGAGUUUGAGGAGACAGAGAAAAAGAGGAAGAGGGAAAUGAAAAACAGUACCAUUGCUUGGAUUUCGUCUUCAACCGAGAUUGAGAAGCUGCAGGAUGAUUUCCGCAGGAUGAGAAUCUGCAAGAAUACGGGUCGCUGGCUAUUCAGAAGGAACAGAGGUGUUUCAGAAUGGCUAACAGCGGAGGGCGGAAAUGAAGGGAGUCUGUCACAAUCGGCCAUUUGGCUUCAUGGGAACAGAGGAUUUGGUAAAGAAGAUCAGCCGGUCCCCAAAAACAGCAAGACGUACUAUUUCUACUGCCAGGAGGAAGAUCCCGAGCUCAGGACUUAUCUGGAGAUCCUCAAGGGAAUUCUCUGUCAGAUGGUGAAACAGGAUGACUACAUUGUUCCUCUUUGUCAUGAUAAGAUGACACAAGGAGGAUGCACUUCUCUUUCCGAGGCCGACACGGCCAAAUCUCUGAUCGAAACCAUCGUGCAGUACAACCCCAGACAGUACAUAAUCAUUGACGGAUUAGACGAGUUUGAGGCUGCAGAAAUUCGACAGACAGCCGAGUUCUUCACCAAACUGGUUGAGCUGUGCGACAAUGCGAACGAGCAUGGACAACUACGACUCAUGAUCAUGAGCCGAGAGGUACCAGAGAUCAAGAAAUACAUGACAGACGAUGAUGCCAUCAUUGCUCUCAGGCCAACCGACAACGCCGAAGAUAUCAAAGCAUAUGUGAGGAAGAGGCUUCCCGAGUUUUCGGAAUCUGAUGAUGACAUGGGCUUCAAUCUCUCCAGACAGCAGGAGGACUCAAUUGAAAGCUUGAUCUGCCGUCGGAGCGAAGACUCGUUUCUGUACGCGCACCUCGCUAUUGAGAGCCUUUUGCAGCAUAUAACGAAGGGAGAUUUGCUAAAGGAGAUCAAAGAAGAUAUCCUACCGGAGGAACUAGGGGCAAUGUACGAAAUGCUUCUCGGAAAUUUGGAGAAGAAGAUCAAGGAAAAACGAGGAGGUGCUCGCAUGUGGGAAAAGUCAAAGUUGCUUCUGGGAUGGCUUGUCUGCGCAAAGCGGCCCCUCAAGUGGCAUGAGAUGCAAGCAAUUCUGUCUUUCGACGCUGAAAAGGCAAAGGUUGACUUUGACCACCGGAUGUUGAAGAACGAUGUGCGGAGAUAUCUGGGAUCUAUUGUGCAUGUCCUCGACGGAGAUCAUAUCCGGCUGAUCCAUACAACAGCACGGCGGACCUACGCAUCAACCCUGCGACGGGAUCAAGCCAAAGCCGGUUGGUUCUCCUUCCAGGACUAUGCCUGCUCCAAAUGGGACUCCCAUAUAGACACUUUCAUCAGAGAGUGCAGCAGCUUGUUUGAUGGUCCUGCUGCGGCCUGGGGAAAGGAACAGCGUGAUUUUGAUGGAGCUCUGGAAUUGUUUAUGAAAACGCACGGCGAGGAGAUUAGGGCUGAUCUACACGAAAAUUUCGACACCACCCACCUUGAAAACUUCGAGGGCACGACGUUCUCUGAAAGCCUCCGUACGCUGUGGAAUCGUAUCUACAUCCAUCAUAAGAGCAAAGACGAGGAAAAGAACAAGGUCGGCAUCCCCCAGAUCAACACCUCCCUCCUCGAAAACAGGGCUGUUCUAGAGGAGCUCGCGCCUGAUGACGAUGCAUUCGGCAAAAGGCACAUCAAGGACCUUUACGGCUUACAUCUCUUCAAAUGUCGCCGUACUCUCUGCCGCUACUUCUACGUUGGCUACGACUCAGAGGCAGCUCGUAAAAACCACGAGAACAGACACGACAGGCCGUUCCCAUGCCCCCUGAGCUGCAACUCGGCACCCAUCGGAUUCUCGACAAACAAAGACAAGGAUCGUCACGUCCGUAUCUACCAUCCUGAGUUGGCCGAGGGCCCUUCGAUGUUUGAUCCGCUGAGUCGUCGACAGGCUACGGGCCAGGCGCGGUUCAAGUGUCAUAUCUGUGACAAGAAUUUUACGAGGAAGAUCAAUCUCAGCGGGCAUGAGAGGAGUCACUAUGGGGAUAGGCCAUACCAGUGCUCCAUUUGUGACAGGGGUUUUGCGAGGAUGAAUGAUUGUCGGAGGCACGAGAAGAUUCACAAAAAGGAUAAAUGA